AUGACGAUUUUGUUGGAUAUUCCGAACUUCUCUUAUCCAACAACUGUGUUAUCUGUCAAUGGAUGGAUUGUCAUCCAACAAAGAAUUGAUGGCUCACAAAGUUUCAAUAAGAACUGGCAACAAUACAAGGACGGUUUUGGUUUAUACAACGCCAAUUUCUGGUUAGGAUUAGAGAAAAUUUAUCAACUGACAAGCUCAGCUGGCUACAGAUUGAGAUUUGAAAUUUUGGUUAAAAAUGGAGCUUGGAUAUCUGAUGAAUACGACAGUUUCAAGAUUGACUCAGAAGAUUCCAAAUAUGCAAUCAAUGUUUCGGGCUAUAUUGGUGACAACUUGGAUAUUUUGAAUUGGAAACCUGGAGCUAGAAAGCACUUUCAAAAUGGGAUGAAAUUUUCAACUCCAGAUCAAGACAACACUCCUCAAUUGAAAAACUGUGCCAACCAGUACUCCUCUGGGAACUGGUUCAACAACUGUUACAUGCAAGAUGUUAAUGGAAUUUACGGUUAUCAUGAUUUGUAUUACACUGCAAAAUAUUCCUCUCUGACCUACUGCCGAAUGAUGAUCAAAUUGAUUUGA